AUGGUGAACGACCCUGAGCCCGAGAAGCUAGGCGGGAAGGGCAGGCAGAUCGGAAAGAAGGUCACGAGCGGGCGGGACACCACCAGAGGUCGGCCCACUGCUCCCGCUGCCGAACACUUUGUCCACUCCAAGUACCUCUCCGCGGACGGGACGCGGUAUGAGCGCACGAAGGACUACCUCACGUCGUUCCCGACCAGCGUGGCCAAGUUCAUCGACCUCAAGGUCGUCGACUUGUCGUGGAACCAGAUCAAGAAGAUCCCCGACGGCCUGUGCGCGGGCCUCCCGAACCUCCAGGAGCUCAACCUGUCGUUCAACGGCCUGCGGAACCUCCCCGAGGACAUCGGGGACCUCAACCAGCUGCGCGUGAUCGACGCGCAGGGCAACAACAUCGAGUUCCUCCCCCACACCUUCAACAACCUCAUGGUCGAGGAGGUCUUCCUCGCCAACAACCAGCUCCAGCAGUUCCCGCACGAGCUCCGCGACAUGGGCUGCGUGCGCGUCCUCGACCUGUCGAACAACGUCAUGCGCCGCGUCGGGCGCACGCUCGGCACGCUGCGCUUUGCCGAGCAGGUGUCGCUGGCGGGCAACAAGAUCCCGGAGCUGCCCGCGGAGGUCGGCAAGCUGCAGCACAUGCGCGUCCUGAACGUCGCGGACAACGGCCUGAAGACGCUCCCCAUGGAGCUCGGGCUGUGCGUGGCGCUGGAGGUGCUCAACUGCCGCAACAACCUCCUGACCGCGCUCCCGCCGAGCAUCUGCGACUGCCGGCAGCUCAAGGUGCUCGACCUCGUCGCGAACGAGCUCUACAUGCUCACGAAGGAGGUCUGCUACCUCCCGGAGCUCUCGAUGCUCCUCGCGAACGACAACAAGCUCAUCAGCCUGCCCAACGCCAUGGACAAGCUGGCGCACCUGAGCGUCCUGCACCUCAACAACAACCAGCUCCGCCACCUCCCGCCCUCGUUCGGCCUCUGCCCGCUCCUGAACGACGUCAGCGUCGAGAACAACCCCGACCUCGACCUGCCCGACUUUGUCAAGGCCGGGGGCGCCGUCCCGAUCCGCGCGUACCUCCUCACGGUCAUCCUCGAGGCGCUCGACGUCGCGGAGAAGAUCGAGACCGUCGCGGAGCAGGAGAUCAACCCCACGGAGGACACCCCCGCGGAGUCCAAGGUCGGGAAGAGCCUACUCGUGGACCGGCUGCGGCUGCUGCAGAGCGGCGCCGCGGGGGUCGACACGGACGCGACGAACGCGGAGCUCGAGCGGCUGCGCAUCCAGGAGGAGGAGCGCACGGGGAUGGCCGUCGCCAAGCGCGGGCGGACCGAGGAGGAGGUGAAGCGGGCGCGCGCGGAGCAGGUGAAGAGCACCGAGGCGAUCAAGGAGCGCAUCCGCGCGGAUCCGCGGCUGGAGCGGCGGAUCCUCUUGACGCAGCAGCAGCGGCAGCGGGAGGCCAAGGAGCAGGUGAUGGUGACGCGGCAGCUGCUCACGAUCCGAGGCACGGGGUAUGGAAACAUGACCAUCCAGGCUAUCAAGACUGCCGAGCGGCUGCACUACCUGGACCUGCGGCAGUGCGCGCUGCGGGCGCUCACGCCCGAGAUCGCGCAGCUGACCAACCUGCGCAGCAUGGACCUGCGCGACAACCGCCUGACCAGGCUGGGCGACGCCCUGGUCAACAUGAAGGGCUUGGAGUUCGUUGACGUCAGCAGCAACUUCCUGGAGCACUUCCCCGCCGUGGUGCUGCCGGAGCUGCGGAUGCUCAACGUGUCGAGCAACAAGCUGACGGCGCUCCCCACGACCAUCGGGCAGUGCCCGAAGCUGACUGUGCUCGCCGCGAGCAACAACUUGCUCGACGCGCUGCCCGCGACGCUCAGCUCCGCGCCCAUCGAGGAGCUCUACGUCGCGUCCAACAAGAUGAAGCAGAUGCCCGAGGUCAUCGGGUCGCUCGAGAAGCUCCGCGUCCUGUCGCUGGCCAGCAACGGCCUCCGCCAGCUCUCCUUCGAGCUCGCGAGCCUGAAGCACCUCGAGUCCCUCGAGAUCUCUUUCAACCGCCUGGCGGAGCUGCCGCCCGAGCUGGGCAUGCUCCGGCACCUCCGCUUCCUCAACGCGGCCUUCAACCCGCUCGGGCCGGGCAUGCCGUCGUGCCUGGCCCGCAUGCACGGCCUCCAGGUGCUCAACUUGGACUACACGGGUAUCACGCGCGUGCCCGCGGAGAUGGGCGACCUGCGCGACCUCGAGGAGCUCGGCCUCGAGGGCAACCAGCUCGACCACCCGCAGGACUCGCUGUACGCCAAGCACCCGCUCCUCGUGGUGCGGAUGUUCAACAGGGAGAUCACCACCCUCGACCUGUCCGGGUGCGACCUGUACGAGGUCCCGGAGGAGAUCGGGCAGCUCACGAACCUCGAGAGCCUCGACCUGUCGUCCAACCAGCUCAACACGCUCCCCGUCGCGCUCGGCGAGCUCACCAUGCUGCAGUCGCUCAACGUCGCGGGCAACCCCCUGGACCCGAUCCUGGCGCGCGUGCGCAUGGGCGACAAGGGCGACCUCGGGCUGAUCGAUCUGCUCAACCCGCGCGCGAAGGAGCUGCGGCUCGCGGGCGCCAGCCUCGACGACGUCCCCCCGCUGGUGGCGCACCACAAGGACCACCUGGAGGUGCUCGACCUGUCCGACAACCACCUGACGGACCUGCCGGACUGGCUCGGGGAGUUCAAGAAGCUCCGCGAGCUCAUCCUCGACCGCAACGAGUUCGAGGACUACCCGUUGAUGGACAUGGAGCCCAUCGAGACCCUAGAGGUGCUCAGUUUGAGCAACAACGCCGUGAGCGAGCUCUCGCGCGACAUCGAGGGCCUCGUCAACCUCCGCGCGCUCCACGCGGAGAGCAACGGCCUCACGCAGCUCCCCAGCGAGAUAUGCUCGCUCGAGCACCUGGAGGAACUCAUCGUCUCGAACAACGCGAUCCACUCGCUCCCGAACAACAUCGGCCAGCUCAAGAAGCUGCGCCACCUCGACGUGUCCGCCAACGCCCUCGACGAGCUCCCGGCCUCCGUCGGGAAGCUCGUCUCGCUCGAGAUCUUCGAGCUGCGCGUCAACAACCUGUCGGCCCUCCCGCAGGAGCUCGGGCGCUGCCGGCACCUCCACACGCUUUCGGCGUCCUCGAACCGCAUCGAGAGCCUCCCGGACAGCAUCGGCGACCUCGUCGACCUGCGCGUGCUGCAGAUGGCCGGGAACGCCCUCGAGGCGCUGCCGUACCGCGUCUGCCUGCUCAGCGCGCUCGAGGAGGUGCAGCUGAUGGGCAACCACCUGCCGGACGUGCCGUCCUCGUUCAACGUGCGCGGGCAGGGCAACUGCCACUUCCUCAUGCGGCUGCUCGCCAAGCUCUUUGAACCCAAGGACGCCGAGGGCCGCCCGCUGCCGGCCGCCGCGGCCGCCGCGACCCGCGCCGGGCCGCAGCAGCUGCGCGGCAUGGCCGGGCAGGACGUGGCCGGUCGCGUCGCGCUGGAGGCCGGGGCGGAGGGCGUGCGGCCCGACAUGAGAACACCGCCCGCCCGCCAGGCGCUCCGCCGCCGCCGCCCGGCCCGCCGCCGCCGCCGGGCGGCGGGCGUCACGGGCCGGUGA